AUGAAAGGUUCAUGUCUUCUUCCUUCGCACUCUUUCACCGGAAUCAGGACAAGCAAAGAGUUUCCGCAUAUUCUGUCAUUGUGUUACUUGAAAAGCAUAACAGGCUUCUCAGUUUGUAAUCAAAGGCAAAAAUACAAUGAAAAGCUUUACAUUAUUCCCAUUCGGACUGCUUGUGUUCGGGUCUGCUUCUCAAGAUCUUCAGUUGGGUCAUUGGAAUGUGGUGGGACAGGCCCACAUAGUGAUUCUUAUUCAGGAAUUUCAGCUCCAAAUGACCUUCAGAGCAUUGGAAGUUUAGAAAGAGAGUUGGAAGAAUUAUUUGAUGAAGUGAAAAGAAUGAUUAGGAUGGGAAACAAAAAUGAUGCUAAAGACCUGCUAACUGCAAAUUAUGAAGCUGUGAAAGAGAGCAUGAAUGCGGGUACUAAAGGCAUAGAAGAAGCUGCAAUUUUGGACGUCAUAGCACUAGGUUACAUGGCUGUUGGAGACUUAAAAUUUGUUGGAUCUCUGUUGGAUAUGAUGAAAGAAGUUGUUGACAAUUUGAAGGAUGAUGCACCUCGUCUGGAUUCAAUACUUAUGCAUAUGGGAAGUAUGUAUGCAACAUUGAACAUGUUUGAAAAAUCAUUGGACACAUAUCAGAGGGCUGUCUACAUUAUGGAGAGGACCUACGGUAAGGAUAGUACUUUACUUGUCACACCCUGUUUGGGUAUGGCAAAAGUUCUUGGCUCUUUUGGAAAAGCAACAAAAGCAGUAGAGAUAUAUCAGCGUGUGGUCACUCUUUUGGAAUCAAGUAGAGGUUCCCAAAGUAAGGAUUUGGUUGUACCUUUACUUAGUCUGGGCAAUCUUUUACUCAAAGAAGGGAGACCCAAUGACGCUGAAACUCAUUUUACUAGAGUUCUCGACAUACACACAAAAUUAUAUGGACAAAAUGAUGGAAGAAUUGGAAUGGCAAUGAGUUCCCUAGCCCGAGUUAAGAGUGCUCAAGGGAAAUCAGAUGAAGCAAUCCAAUUGUUUAGACGUGCUAUUCAGGUCAUGAAGGAUUCAAAUUACUUGUCACCAGAUGACAGUAUAAUGGAAAAGAUGAGAGUGGAUCUAGCUGAAUUGCUUCAUGUCGCUGGGAGAGGGCAAGAAGGCAGAGAGCUAUUAGAAGAGUGUCUGUGGAUAACUGAGAGGCACAGAGGAAAGGAGCACCCCAGCCUGGUGACACACAUGAUAAACCUUGCAACUUCAUAUUCACGGUCAAAGAAUUAUGCAGAUGCCGAACACCUGUUGAGAAGAAGUUUGCAAAUCAUGAUAAAGCAUAAGGGAACUGAUGACCAGUCCAUUAGCUUUCCUAUGUUACACCUUGCAGUAACACUCUACCAUUUAAAAAAUGAUGAAGAAGCAGAGAAACUUGCCCAGGAGGUUUUGCGCAUCCGUGAGAAGGCCUUUGGAAAAAAUUCCCUUCCUGUUGGGGAGGCUUUGGAUUGUUUGGUGUCUAUUCAAACCAGACUUGGUAAGGAUGACAGAGAGUUACUCGAGCUGCUUAGAAGGAUCCUGAAUAUCCAAGAGAGAGAAUUUGGAUAUGAAAGUGAGGAGGUUUUGGUUACCCUAAAAAAAAUUGUAUACUACUUGGAUAAACUAGGGAAAAAAGAUGAAAAGCUGACCCUUCAUAGAAGAUUGUCUGUGCUUAGGAAGAAGUAUAACCAAAUGGUUAAUUAUUAA